AGCACAUCCUGUUUGUGUCCGCUAGAGUGUGAUCGCUUUGAGGGCAGUAAAGUUUGUUCGCUCGGAAUGGUAAAUAGAUCGACGAAAGAUCGAGGAAAUAAGGACAAAUAGACCGCUAUGACCGAAGAGAAAUCUGCAGUCGAAGAAACGGGUGAACCUAGUGCUACUGAAACAGCGGUGGUUGACAAUGAGGGCAAGGAAUCGACGGAGCAACCUGAGGUAACCGAGGAAGAGAAAGCACAUGGCGACGAAGAAGCCUCUAAAGAAGACGGAGAAGCAGAGGAGAAAUCGAAUCAAGAACAACCUUCUAGAAGACAACGUGGAAGACCAAAGAAGACUGAUAGUGACGAACCAGCCGCCAAGAAACCGAAGACGGGGAAGAAGGAAAGACAAGCUCCGGAAAGGGUGAGCAGUCGUGUAGCGAAUCAAAGAGCUGGGAUUAAGCUUCAAACGACAAAUUUACUGCCUAAAAAGAAAAGAUCGUCAUCAAAGAAAGCCGAUAAGAGCGGUGUGGAUGGCGGAGUAACGACUACGGAGCAAAAUGGUACACCUGUGGAAGUUUGAUUCCUGUGGGGAAAGCUUUAAGCAUUCGCAUCGAUAACCCACAUCUAAAAAGUUUGACACAUGUUUAACAAAGCGUAAUUUUUCGGCACUAUUUUAGUGCAUUCAUUCGGUUUCUUUGUGUGACUUUCACCUGCUAAUUUUAUUGUUUUCAUGACUUCUCCCGACGGACGGCCAUGUUUUUUUAAUCGUUCUCAUUAUUAAUCCCAUCAUAAAUUGAAAAGUUCCAUGCUCACAGUGGCUCUCGUCGGUCACUGGGGCAGGUUAGUUUGAACCUUGUUGUUUCAUUUCAGACUAGUUUAAUUUUAAGUCGUGUUACCCUUUAGUUUAAUGCGUAUGUUUUCAGACGAGGUUGGCAAACGCUCAUUUUUUAAAACAAUUAGUUUUAACCUUCAUGUGGAUUUCGUCUGUUGCUCUCAUAACUUAGUUCAUGUUUUAUAAAGCGUGUACCCUUUUCGUGACUUUUUACAAAAAAUUAUAUCAUUCAUUCAUGAGA